UUCAAGUUUUUAUAAAACGACAAAAGGGUAAAGAUUUGGUAUUUUUAAUGAAUAUAGUUUGACAGAUUGACGUCAUGUACUUUUUUCGUGUUUUGAUUCUACAGUCGUGUUGACACACAUAAGGCAUUAUUUUAGCAUGCCAAAAGAUCUAAAAGAGUCAACUGAACCAGAGCAACUUGACAAUCGAUGGGAUAUAAUGGAAGUAGAAGAUAAUAUCGGUCAUGCUGAGGAUGUUGGCACCGGCGCCAGCAUGGAAGGACAGUUUAUGGAAGACAAUACAUUUACAGACUUACCGAAUGCAUUAAUUGUCACUAACGUUGCUGAAUGUGUAUUCGAUAAUGAAGAUGCAAAGAAGGAACUAGAAGAUGUGUUUAGAGUUUUUGAUGAAGAUGCUUCUUUCCAGUAUUUAAAAUGUUUUCGACGAGUUCGAGUAAACUAUAUAUUACCUGAUGCUGCAGUUAAGGCCAGAAUACAUUUACAUGAAACACAAAUUUGUGGACAGGUGUCAAAAUGCUUUUUUGUUCAGCCAAUACAUACCAGUGGAGGUAACAGUCCUCAUCUGAAGUUACCACCACUUACAAAACAAUUCCUCAUCUCACCACCAGCCUCACCACCUUUAGACUGGGAACCAGUGCAUGAAGCUGAACCAGUCAUUAAUUUUGAUCUGUUACAUGCCAUGGCCAAUCUUGCUCCAGGUCAAAGUCAUGAACUUCAUCCUCAGUCAGACAAACAUCCAGCCAUUGUUGUACAUAUUUGUGAAGACUCCUCAGACCCAGACAUGAACCAACCUCCAAAGAUUAUCCAAACACGUAGACCACCAUAGUUUGAAAUCAUACUUUAUAUUUGACAGAAAACUUUUCCAAGAAUUUGUUCAUGGCAAAUAUGUAUUCUGCAUUUGUUACCAUUGACAACCUAUGUUGCCAUUUGUUGGACAUCAAAAACCAAUGUUCAAAACAUGUAUUACUUAAUAGGUGUCUUAUAUGUAGAUUUUAUUUUUACAAAUAUUUUGAAAAAAUGUUUGAAAAUCGAAACUUAUUUUUGCUAAAGGUCUGCAUUUCUCCUUUUGGGAACUGGAAAGUUUUAAUAUGUGGUAAUAUAUGAGUUAUGAUAGGUCUGUCAAACAUUUUAUCCUUCAAUGGGGAAAGAGAUGAGGUAAGCCAAAAAAAAAAUAAUACAAAAUAAAGAAUUUCAGACUAUUGAAUAUUAUAGUCAACCAAAAGGUUUAUUUCUGAUGUCGCUUUGUUCUUUUUGUGUUUUUUUUACAAUUUUUAAUUAUUUCAGAAUUAAUAAGCUCUUAAUUAUAAUUGUCUGGCAGUAAUUCUAAAGGUCUGUUGGUUGUUGACAAAGUUCCUGUGAAAUAUAGAUUGGUACAGUGACAGGCUGUCCUUGAAUUGACUAAAUGUAAAAUAAAAAUCAUACCUAUCGUAAUUAUAAUAUAUGAAAUAGGAAUAAAUUGAGUUAUAUGGCAAAUAUCAGUGUAACAGCAAAACAACGUUAAAAUAGUAAAAAAAAAAAGACAUUAGGAGGACAUCUUGAUAAGGCAAUAAUUUAUCUUACAAUUUUUGGCAAUGAUAACUGAAAGCAAACAUUUCUGAAUGUAAACAUGGUAAAGAUUACACCGCACUUCCUUUUAUUCAUACUUAAAGAUGUAAAGUGAAAUUAAAAAAAAUCUAGAAUUUAAAAUUGAUACUAUAAGUCAGAAGAGCAUUAGUUAAGGAACAAAAUAAGCUAAAAAUAUUGAUAGGUUAUGGAGCUCCUUUCCGAAAUAUUUAAUUUUUUUUAAAUGGCAGGAAAAGGCUGACUCGGACUUUUACCUUAUAUUUGUAUUGGUAUCAUUUGGUUCUCAAAUUGAAAGAAAAGAAAUCUAGAAUCUGCUUUAAUUUUGGUAAAUGACCUUUUAUGGGCUAUUGAAGUCUUAUAUGAAAAGAAAAAUGGGUGUUAUCGGGCAAAAUAUUUUACCCUGUAUCGUAGGAAAAACCCAAUGAGUCCGAACAUCUGACAAGAAUUCCUAAACCUGACCUUAGUACAUCCUUAAAUUCAUUUUUUUUAUCAAAUGCUCAACUUUAUUUAGAAUAUUAUGUCAAUCAUUUGAAAUUUUGAAUUUUUUUAUUGAUAAUUUUCUGGUUUACAAAUUUUAUGUUGGUACUUGUUCUUAACAUUUACAUAUAAUUUAAUUUUGGAUGUAAUGCGUCUUCUGAUUGGCUGACAGUGUUUUGUCUAUCAGCUCAUAGACACAAUUUGUCAUGUAACCGUGACGUCAUCAACGUUUUUCAUUAUUUACUCCGGUAUAAAAUGCAAUUUAGAAUUAAAUUAUAAGGAAUGACUGUAAUAUUUUUUCUGUUUAUUCGAAAUAACAUAAAAAAUGUUGUGCACACUUUAAAAUAACCUGCUAUGUGGGUUAUUCAGUGUGCACCACAUUUUUUAUGUUUUUUCUUCAUAGACAGAAAAAAUAUUACAGUCAUUCCUUAAAUGAAAUGAAGUAUUUUAAAAGUUACAUUUAUGAUAAAAAUAAAAAUAAAAAAACAAUUACCAUUCAGAAGUAUUUUCUAAAAGCAAGGCAAUAUAGGACAGACUUGUAUAAAUAAUAUUUAGAAAGUUGUCACUAGUCAUCUUUAUUUAGUAUUGUCAGUACUUGCAUGUAGUUUGGAAAAAUAUAUUGUUAAACACUGGUGCUAGAUAAAUGUAUAUAACAAAUAUGUACAUGUAAUGUAGUUGUAUAAAAAUGUGCCAUGUUUUGUUGUUGCAGAAAAAUCUUCUAUUUGAAUAUGUAUUGGUUUUUCAUGCUUAACCUUUCUACAUGAUUCAGGGAAAAGCUAUAAAGGGUUGAUGGACAAAAAUCUCCCCCCCAAAAAAAAACGAAAAAAAAACAGCUGGGCCUUUAAAAUUUUGAAAACAGGAAUCAUGAAGCCUAUUGUUUGAUUGUGGGGCCAUAAUAUUUGUUCGGAGUCACUACAUUUGUCUAAAUAGGGUCCUAGCUGGCUACAUUAAUAACAUGCUUUUUUGUUCUUGGAAUUUUGAUUUAUUUCAGAAAAGGACAAGUACUACUGUAGUACCAAGUUUGGUUAACCAGAUUUUUUUGUUUCUGUGGACAGGUUUUCUUGAGAUUUUCUCUCUGACUUUCUAGCUUCACUUAAAAUAGCUGCUUCUAAAUUGUAACUUCCUAAAGUUCUCUUUUGGUGUCAACUGUGUAUUUUUUUUCAUAACUCCUGGAGGGCUGAAUUGAUCCACUCUUGUGUCAGAGUAUUUUGUAUUUCUCAUUUUAUCAAUAGUGGUUUCAAUAACAGUUAAAUCAUUUCUUUUAGCUGGUGGUCCUAAUUCUUCAGACCAGUUUUUCUACAGUAUUUACAUUAAGAUCCUUACAACUUGUUAAAAAUAUAUAUUUGUUUUUUACAAUAUUGAUAGAAUGCUACCAUUAAAGGCCAUAAUGUUUUGAAAACUAUUCUUUCAAUAGUCAGCUGCAUUUCGUUUUAUGAAUGUAUAAUCAUGAUAAUAGUAGUAGAAAUAGGGGGUGUUUAACAAUUUAUAAUGAUCAAAUUAUUAGAAUGUAUAUUGCAAAACACUGACUCAUCAACACUCCAUUAAUUCUAAGAAUUCAAGAGGCUGAUUUGAUUGUUCCUUGCAAAAGUCAGUUUCAUCUCAUAAGGUUAGAAAUUUGUAAGAUGAGGCGAUUGAUUCAAUGAAUAAAAGUUUGCACUUCUGUGUAAUAAAUUAUAUCAUUUCAGUAGAUGCUUUUUCUGUAGAUCAUCAAUACUGAAGUGCUGAUUGUAUUUUGUAUGAAAGUAAAUAUAAAAAUAUAACAGGGUAAAAUUGAAGCAUUAAACGUUUUGUUGUUAAUCAUCAUAAUAUGUAUAGCAAUUAACAGGUGUUCUUGUCAUCAAUUCAAUUGUAUAUGUAGAAUGACAGAGUCAUAUUAACUUUGAGUUUUUUUAAUGUCUUUUAUAUGGCCAUAUGUGGUAAUACCAUCACUUGGUAUCCAAUGUCCAUCUUAUAAUCGUCUCUUAUAGGGAAUCACUUAAGGAUUAAAACCUAACUAAUUAUAGAUCCUCAUUACUGAAUAAUUCCUGGCCAAAUGUUACUUUGAUAUCAUUCUACCUUCCAAAACACCUAACCAGGUCUCUGGUGAAAACUUUUAAACACCUUUUGCAGAACUGGUUAAGGAGAUCAAACCAGUUUUGACACAAUAGGGAUCCUUUUGGGGGAAGGUUUAAGGAGUGUUGAACACCAAAAUAGCAUUCCUGCCUGCAGAAAACUUUGUUUUUACAUUGAACCAUGUGUGAACUAUUCAGAUAAGUAUUCUUAAGAUUACUUUAUUAGACAAAACCAAAAAACUAAAAAGUGCUUUUAAACAUGUCAUGGGCAGCAUUAGUUCAUGUGUUUCUAAAUUUAUGAUUUCAUUCAUUAACUAACAAAAUGAUGCAAAUCUUUCAUUUAAUAGGUAAUGAAAGUUUGGGUUACUAAUUAUAAGUUGACCUUUAAUAUAGUUUGAUCGAACUGAUGAUGGUAUUUUUGUGGUUUAUUUGGGAAUUACUGUUAAUUAAUAUGAUUAUAAGUUGGUAUAAUAGUUUACAGUGCAGUUUGUUUGUUUGUAAACAUUUUUAUGGAGGUCUAAGUUAUAUGCUUUUUGACUGUAAAAUGAUCUCAGUAUAAAAUUUAUUUUUUUAAGAACACAUUUUUUAUGAAACAACUCAUACCACUUUUUUGCAGCCUCUGUCAUUGCUCAGUCCAUAUACAUGCAUGACAGACAUUUAACCUCCGUGUCUGCUGAAUAUUCAGAUAAUGGGAAAAUCAGAGUAAAAUUUCUGUCAUGAAAAUUAUGGGUCUUAUAGAGUAUUAGAACCGUAAACAAGUAAUUUUAAGCAUAUAGUUUUUCUCCAUAAUUAUUUUGAUGAUAUUUAAAAGUGACUUGUAAAAUACAACCUCAUUAUAAUAACUGUUGUGUAUUGUGGCAUUUAUUUAUUCAUUGGUACCAGUUUUUUGUAAUUAAUGAGGGAAAAACUGGAGUCUGAUUGCAUUUUGGGCAGUUUUUUUUAGAUUUGCAGAAUUGAAGUGGAAAAAAUUACCUGAUUAUUUGCAUGGUUUUAAUGAACUUCUGGAACCCUAACUUUAGUCGUUCUUGUUUCUUGAUGUCAUUGUUUAUCAAGGAGUUUUUAUUCAGUAGUUUAAAUUGAAUUUAUUCAUAGCUUUUCUAUAGUCAGAACUAUUUAGAGCUUUACAAAUGGAAUGGGAGGCUUAUCAAGGAAUACUGCAGUCUUCACAAUUAACCACAAGCUGUACAGCUCAGGCCAGAAAAAAGGUGUUUGGCCAGUAAAAUUUUUAUAAAAAGAUGCCUCACAAGCCAUGUUAAUUUAUGGAAAUUUUAUGAAAGGCUGAUUUUAGGGUUUGAACAUCUAGAAAUUUUCAUGAAGACUGUGACUGUAUGUUGACAUCUGUUUGUUUUUUAUUUGGGAUAUAUUGAAUUGCUGGGUUGCUGUCUCUUUGAUGUUUACCUCUCAAUCCUCUCCUAUUUGUAAAAUCACUAGAAAUUACUUUCACAGUUAUCAUACAAACUGUAUAACAUUGCAUAAUGCUUAGAUAUUUAUACAAAUUGUUUUGUUGUUUUACGUUUGUUAAUUGUUCAUUAUAAUUGUGUAUUUACAUGAAUGAACAGAACUGCCUAUAAUAAAUAUGAAAACCAUU